UCCAGCCUGCCUCUCUCGCGGUGUGUGUGUUCGCCGCUGACCGCCACCAUGCCCUCACACGCUCACUAGAACAACCAGCACACGCCAGCAAACCCCAGCACCUCAACGCACCACCACGCACUGUAAAAAGGCCACGAAACGCCACGCCACGACACGACAUAAGCGUUGAAGGAAUUGAAGUGAGCGCGUUGGCUUGUGUAUGUUAGUGUGUCAUGGGGUGGAAACAGAGAGAAAUGGCCGUGACUCUGUGAUACUAGUGAAGGAAACAGAAAAUUGCUAUAAAAGAUAUUAAAGCUGAGGCAGCGUUUUGGUGACUGUGUGUGUGUGUGUGUGUGUGUGUGUGUGUGUGUGUGUGUGUGUGAUGGUGAUGCGUGCCCGACCCCAGCACCCACGGAUCCUUGCCGGGGUGUGACUGGGGUGUGGUCAGCGUGAGUGUGUUCCCGGCAGCAGCAGACGUGUUGGUCCCAAGAAACAGAGGCAGACAGUGGCCUCAUUUCACCUCGUCAUAUUGAGAAUGCCAGUGGACGUGUUAUCGGGGUCCACGGCGUGAUGACCACCCCGUUAUACAGACUUCUCCCAGCCCUAACCGCUUGGUGGGUGUCUGUGGGGGUCGCCUGGGCCAACUACGACGAGUACAUGACGUGUGGCAGCAGCAAUGAGAGGCAUGGACGCCACUACCACCAACCUGAGCUGCCCUGCGAUCUCAGCAAGGACAGCUGGUGCGAGAGUCCAGGCAACCAGUACCCAUGGGGGUCAGUGCGCCGCUUCGUGUACGAGAACCAGGGGCUGAUGAAGCGAAUGUACGGCAACCAGCGGCACUACAGCGUCCUGCGGGCCGAGCUACUCAACGACCUCUAUGAUGAAAUGUUCGACGAGAUGAUAAAGCGGAUAUCAAAACCCCAGCACCCCUCCGCGGCCUCCCCUUCGUCCAAGUCCGCCAGGUACCGCAAGCCGUCCCAUCCCGCCAUCAACACCCACGAUUUGAAGGCCGGGGACAAGCGACCUCACAACGGACGGGCCAUGAAAGUGACGAUCCAGCCUCAGUACAGCAGUGUGAGGCGCCAACACGCUGCCCCGAGGCCCAAGGCACGCCCUAAUGGAAGGAGGAAGGUAGCAGGGACGUCAAGGUUGCGUGUCUCGGCACAAACUCAAGGCACAACCACCUCCACCACCGCUACCACCUCCUCCUCCUCUUCCUCUUCCCCCUCGCCAUCCACCCCUAAGCGCACCACUGCUACUACCUCCACCUCCACUUCACCCAUUACAGUCAGUGAGGUGCAGCCCACGACCACAACCACCACAGUCACCACGGGAGAUGAUGCACUCACCACAACAACUCUGUGGGGCGAGGAAGGACACGUUGGCAUGGGAACAGCAGCCUCCAGCCACGCCACGGACCAUCUCUUUGAGGAGGAAACUCAGGCCACACUGCUCCCUCCUGAAGACGAGGACUGGGAGAGUACCUGGACCACCCUCUCUGAUCCCUCCUCCACCGACCCCUCCAGCGCCUUCCCCACCGUGUUCUCAGGGGACCAAGAGGAAAGUUAUGCCUCCUUCACUGCGCCAGAGACUUCCUCCCCUGCACCACCAACCACCCAGCACGACCUCUCCCUAGGGGCUGAAGGAGAGGAUGAAGUGGAGGUGAGAGUGGCAGCCUUUUCACCGAGGACUUCAACUCCAUCCCGCUCGACAAGGAUGACCUCACGACCCUCACUCGGGGAAAGACUCGAGGAGGAGGGAACGGAUUAUGACAAGGAUGAGAUUGAUUUAGGAAUAGAGGAAGUGUUGAAUGAGGACAAGAGGAGAAGUGAAGGCAGCAAGCAGACGCAGGAGCAAGCAGAGGUGAAGAGUGAGGACCUGAAGGCAGAGACGAGGCAGCAGGUGGAUGAGCUGAGGGUGGAUGGGAAUAUGAAGGAGGAGGUCAAGGUGGAAAUGUCGACCCCAGAGACUGUCAGGAUCAGAAAGCCUGUCAAGGGAAUAAACGCUUGCCCAGUGGAGGAGGAGUUUGUGGCGCCUUACUGGGCCAACAACACGCAGGGGAAGACUUUGGCGCUGCUCAACCAGUACCCCUUCGAGCAGUACAUCCAGUGGGAGCGGUGCAAACACGAGCACCGGCAGUGGUAUUGUCGCCAUGGGUGUCGGUGUGAGCAGCAGUACCGUCUCCAUAAACUCCUCGCCUUCGACCCAACCAAUGAGUGCAGAGGAAUAUUCAGUGACUGGUUCCGCUUCCCUUCCUUCUGUGUGUGCAAGUGUUACAACCUCCAUCUCUUCACCUCCUCUUCAAGAAUGGGUCGCCUCAACCUGGAUGAUGAUGGAGAGGAUUACGAUGAAGAGUACGAUGACUAUUUUGAUGAGGAAGAGGAGGAGGAGGAAGACUACGAAUUAGAAGAGCUAGAAGAGCUAAUAGAAGAGGAGGAAGAAGAAGAAGAGGCCAAAGAACAAGAACCAGAACAGAAAGAAGAAAGAGUGAGGAAGGAAGAAGAGGAACAAAACAACUCCUACUAUUACUAUCGAUCCCGACCCAGCUCCCCACUGGCAAACAUCCCCCCACAGCGCCGCCCCAGACCACCCCAGCGUCCUUACUCCCACAUCUCACCCCCCAGCCACACCCUGGAGGCUCCAUCACACACUUUCACCCCUCCAUCUUCCCAGCCCCUCCCUGCAACACCAGCCCCUGAGACCACAACACUUGGAACACUCGAUGCUGCCACGCCACACUACUACUACAACCUCACCAACUAUGCACGUAUCCUUCUCGGUAAGGGACAGCCGCUGGGUCUCUCCAGGGUACCAAGGAGCCCCGGGGAGUGAGGGACAAGCAGGUGAUGGCAUAGUCUUGGAAAACAUGCCUGGUAUCGGUUGUCAUUGGAAAACAUUGGCUCAGGGCGGUGUUAACUUGUGAUAUGAUCGUGGUGGUGAGUAACAGUCCAAAGAGAGCAAGGGUGGUGAUGACAGUGAAGCAAGUAGACUGUGGAGUGAUGAGGUGGUGUUGUCUGUUGUGUACACCAUCCCUGGAUCUUCCUAUCUAUGUAAUACUGAUAGGGAGAGGAGAGAGGAGAAAGAGGACUGGCUGAGAGAGAGAGAGAGAGAGACAUCAUGACACAAAAUGACCCAAUAUCAAAAGUAACAAAUAAAAGCCACAUAUAUUUGCAGCUGCUUGUGUAUAUACGACUAAAUCUGCAGGUCAGAAAUAUAAAGCAUCAUAUUUUUAUACUAAACCAACUGAAGUGAGAGAGAGAGAGAGAAGUAAAUAUUGUCUAUGGUACUUAUCAGUGUUGGGUUUGCAGGAGUUCAAACCCUAUGGUGAUUAAUGUAUUUGUGUAUUUAUAUAUUUAUCACAUUGUUAGCGCACUCAGUAAAGGAGGCUUGUCAUAUAUUUUUGUAGUGAUGGAGCUGGCAUCCGUCUGUACAACUAUUUAUACUGUGUGUGUACGUAUCUGUGUGUUUGUGUGAGUGUACAUGUGCAUUGUGUUGUUACUAUAGUUAGGCCUGUAGAAUUAUUAACAGUGUGGACUGGUUCACUACCUACAUAAACCAAUGCAAGAAUUCAUUAAUGGUCGCAGCCUGUUUAGUGUUAAAAAUGGGAAGGCCUCAGAGAUGUACAUUAAAAACACAAUAAUUCA